GACUGAAGCGCAUGGCGUCACUGCGCAUGCGCCGCGCCGCUGCUCGCAUUUCCUGUUGAUGCGCUUCUGCAUCGGGACCAUGGCGCUGCUCCGAGCGGUUUUCUCUUCUCUUCUCUUCAGUUCCUCGUUUGCUUUGGUGCAGGACCUCGAUGACACGUUUAAAGACAGCAGGAUGGAGGACGUCUGGCUGGUGGAUUUUUAUGCUCCGUGGUGUGGUUACUGUAAGAAGCUGGAGCCGAUCUGGCAGGAGGUUGGAGCAGAACUGAGCCGCUCGGGGUCUCCGGUCCGAGUCGGAAAAAUGGACGCCACCGCAUAUUCAGGCAUGGCGUCAGAGUUCGGCGUCCGAGGAUAUCCCACCAUUAAACUGCUGAAGGGGGAGCUGGCGUAUAACUACAAGGGACCGAGAACCAAAGACGACAUUAUCGAGUUUGCCAACAGAGUGGCUGGGCCAGCCGUGCGGUCACUGCCCAGCAGGCAGAUGUUCGAGCACGUCUUGAAGAGGCACAGUGUUCUGUUUGUGUAUGUCGGAGGAGAGUCUCCUCUGAAAGAGAAGUACAUUGAGGUGGCGUCUGAGCUGAUUGUGUACACGUAUUUCUUCUCUGCGUCUGAAGACGUCUUACCAGAGUCUGUGGCUUUGCAUGAAUUGCCUUCAGUGGUCGUCUUCAAAGAUGGCACCUAUUUCACGUAUGAUGAGUAUGAAGACGGCAGCUUGUCAUCGUGGGUGAACCGAGAGCGCUUCCAGAGUUACCUGCCGAUCGAUGGCUUCACGCUCUAUGAGCUGGGAGAAACCGGUAAACUGGUGGCGAUCGCCGUCACUGAUGAGAAGGACCAGACGGAGCGAAGCGGCAGGUUGAAAGGUCUGAUCCAGAGAGCUGCUACUGAACACAGAGAUCAGUUCAACAGGGAUUUCCAGUUCGGACACAUGGAAGGAAACGACUACAUCAACAGCCUGAUUAUGGGCGAGGUGUCUGUGCCCAGCAUCAUCAUCCUCAACACCUCAAACGAGCAGUACUUUCUGCCGACGGAGUCCAUCGAGGACCUGGAGCAGCUGCUGCGCUUCUUCAGCAGUGUCCUGGACGGCAGCGCUCCGGCGUUCGGAGGAGACGGCUUCUUCCAGAGGAUCAAGCGCGUGGCGUAUGAUGCCAGAUCCACUAUAAUGUCGGUGUUCCGCAGCUCUCCGCUGCUCGGCUGCUUCCUCUUCGGUCUGCCGCUCGGCGUCAUCAGCCUCAUGUGCUACGGCAUCUGUACAGCCGAGUCCGACGACGACCCCGAGCUGAUGAAGAGAGACGGCUUCACCGACGAGGAAGAGGAGGCUGAGGAGGAAGAGCAGCCGCGGCUGACGGCGGGAGACCAGGAUGAAGACGGAGAGAAGCUCCAACAGAAGAGUCCGACUGAGAAGAAGGUGGAUUAACGAGAAAGCAAGGCCUCGAAAGAGGAAACCCACGGCUAGAUGAUCCUCGCUGGUUUUCAUUGGAUUGUUUGUUUUCUAAUUGGUUAUUUUCAGAAUUUCCCUAAAUGUCCCCCAAAUUCAAGUCUAGUUUCUGAAGAGUUCAGGAGCAGUCUCGGAGCUUACACAAGCACACGGACGCAAACACUGACUGUUCUUUGUGCUUCUUAAUAAUCCUUACUGUAAUAAUGUGCCCUUCCGAGCGUUCUCAUGUGUGGACUGCAGCUCCAUCCCUCGCUUCAUACUCUCUCUAUGUUCUGGAUCAGAAAGUCCAGUUAUUGUCGCGUCAGAGACUUGAUCUGCGGAGGAUUUGUUACAUCAUCAAGUCGUAAUGCUUUUCUCCUGCUUGUGAUCCGACCGGAUGUAGAAGUCUAGUGAAGGAAGGAAGCAGGGUUUUAUCAUUUGCACUGAACACACAGCAGCUUCAGGGUCAGUUCAUUUUUCUUUUUUUUAACUAGAUGGUUUCAAUCCUGGAGCAAACUUUCUGUAGGUGCUAGAUUAAACAUUAAACAGCAGGUAGGGUCAGGCUUUAUAUGUCAACUGUUCUCAGCAUCGAUUACCAAAAUUAACUUUUAAACUGUUACGUUCAUAAAAAUGAAAGAAGCUGUAAGUGUGUGAGGAGACGUGUCCUGUGAGGAACGGACACACACAUCGAGCUAAAGCUGUGCUAAUACAGGAACACAGACUCUUUAUUCUCACACUGGAUGAUAAUGGAGUAACGUUGCUAACUUUGCCUUCACGUUCCCUUCAUGAUGCCUGUCGUUAUUAUAGGGAUAUUUUAGCACACAUUACUCCUUCAUUAAACAUUUCUUUGUCUUUCUCUCGUUCUGUGUCCUAAUAUCAGGGUAGACUAGACCUUGACUAGAUCAUGUUCAGGUUUUGUUCGGGAUUACGUUCAUCUGAGAGGGAAUUGUUGGGAUGUUUGUCAUUCAUAGAUAUUGAUGUUGAAGGUGUUAGUGAUGUAAGAUGUGUCAGUUUCUUUAGCCAAACAUGUUUGUCUCCUGUCUGCAUAUUUAUAAAGGGCCUAUCAUCGACAGCAAAGUUCUGCCAAAAACAAUCAAUAAAGAACUCCAUGUUUGACA